AUGUUUUAUAUUACCUUCAAUGUACCAAACCCAUAAUUCAACCUCUUCGGCGUCUCUAAAAGUCAACUAGGUUUAGCCAAAAAAUAAGAUAAUGGGUCUAAUCACUCUAAAUCUAGCAAAAUUCUAAAUAUAUCCGAAAGUCAAGGUUAAACCAAUCAUCUCCAAAAAGGAAAAACUCUACGCGGGUAGAACAAUAGAGUAAAUGCUGCUGAAACCUUUAACAAAAAUAAUCUUUAAGAAUUAGAAGAACAUAUCUAAUUAGAAAAAAUAAUAAAGCAAGCAAUGGAGAAAUCCAAUAAUAACGGGCAAUCAUCUACAAACUCAGGAGCAAAGCAAAAGAAAUUCAAAUUUAUAGGAAUCUCAAAGAAAGAACUCAGAAAUUAUAGAAGCUAAGAGGUUAUAGGAAAAAUUAAAGAUGCUAAGGAUAGAAUAAAGAAGAAGUACGAAGACUAACUUAUGAGUCUCUCGAAGAAGGACUCUAUGAAUAGCGAGAUAGCAAUAACAACAAGCAGCAUACAUCAUCCUGUAACAGUUGCUCAUAUUCCUGGGGGCAUAGAUGUUGGAGUAUUUUUUGAGAAAAGAAAUGCUAAAAUCAAUGAACCAGUAGAGAACAUCUUCAAGUAACAAGAACACUAAAAAGAUUUUAAGAGUAAAUUUAGAUUACAGUCUCAAAAUCGAAACAAUAUAAAUAUAAGUUCCUCUAACGGCAGUAGCAGCCAGCCCUCUCUUAUCAGUAAUUAUAAGUUUCCUGGAGCAUAAAAUCUUAAUGUUCCUUAAUAACAAACUAAAUUUGGGGCAUUAAAAGAGAAAAAUAUGAAUUACUCAUAAAAUCAUGCUAAUAUUUAAGAGAGUGGCUAAAGUAACUUCCUAUAACUGAUAAGUAACAAUAAGCAUUUGGAGAAAAAAAUGAAAAAUGUAACUAUAACUGAGCCUUCCAUUAAUGACGAAGAUGCUGAAUUACCAAAGCAUCUAUAAGAUACUGAUCAAAUUAACCCUACUUAGAGGCCUAAAUUAAUAAGACCUUUAAAUCUAAACUUCAAAGUAUCAAGUUUCGAAGAAAAUAAUCUAAGCGUAAAUCCAAAUCAAAAUCCAGAGAAAAAAGAAAUAGUGUCUCAAAGAAGAGGAAGCAAACUUUUGCAACUUGCAUAACAAGAAUAAAGAUUGCUGCUUGCUACUCCUAAUGGAUUGGCCCCCCUCCCAUGCACUGAUGAGCCAAGAUCAGCAACUCUCAGGAAGUAUGAUUAAUAUAAAAGAAUGCAUGAAAUAUAAAAUAUUCCAUCGACUAGGAGAAACAGUUCAAUUUAUUUAAAAGAUACUGUAUAACUAAUACAUGAUGUUGUUGAUAAUAUCAAUAAAACAAACCAUGCUAUGCAAAUGAGUCCUGGAGAAGAGGGCAAUAAUAAGCAACUUGAACAAGAAUUAAGCAGAGUAUUCCACGAGAACAAGAACAAUAUGCAUACAGGAGAUGUGACUAUAGCAACUAAUAAACUUAAGAAAAGAUUCAAAAAAGAGACAGUACAAAAGUUUACAUCCAAGACCUUUGAUUUGGAAAAAAAUGAAAUAUAAGCCAAAAUAAAGCUACUGCAAAAAUGA